AUGGAACGCAUGGAGGUGGACGAUUCGGCCGUGGUAGAUCUGAGCCUCGGUUCGGGCCGUUCUUCGAUCACGAUCACACCGGCUACGGCCCGUGAUUUGCGAGCGUUGGCGAAAAACUCCGGGCUAACCAUAACACCCGCCCUACCGCCUGUGUCAUCCUCCCAUGCUGGCAAUCCGGGUGGUGGUGGUGGAGGAGGAGGAGUUGGAGGAGGCAGUGCUCUCAGUCCAGCGCCAGCAACACCUAGUGGUGGAGAAGGAGGAGGCAGCGGAGUUGGUACUACUGGUGGUGUUGGUGGCGAAGCUGGCACCACAUCUCCCAUCCCGGGCCGUCGUGUACUGCGACCCCGUACGGAAGUUAAAUCGUAUGCGGAAGUGCCAGACAUCGUACUACUUCCGGCCAAAGUAAACGGACGAUCACAGAAUGGUAGCACGGGCAGUGGAGGUGGUACUGGUGGUGGCGGAGGUUCAGGAAGCGUAACGGCCGGACUGUCCGAGUCCGAGGACGAAGAGAUGCCUCCGGUCUACCCGAUCAAGGAACUAACGGCGGCCGAAAUCUGCGAACGGGAGCGAGGGCUUCGAAAGCUGCGCGAAGAACUCCGCAGUGAAGAAACGAAGUUGGUGCUGUUGAAAAAGUUAAAACAAUCGCAGCAAGUCAUGAUGAAGGAAAAUCUGAUCGUAACGCCUAGCAACACGAACCUCCCGAACCCGCUCGCCUCGAUCCCGGCUGCCCUGACGAAGGGUUCGCUCAGUGUUACGCCAACGAAUGCCGUACCACUGCCGGCCCAUUCGAAAUCUUCUUCCUCCAGCAAACCCAUGUCUAAUCCGGUCAACAAUCGAGGUUCACCGUUAAAUAUCACACCCGUACCGAAGGUGUCCCUCUCGCAGAGGCCCUCGCUACCGGGCGGGGCCACACUAACGCCGAGCAGUCCCGGACAACGGUUACCGAUCGGGUUGGGCCGUGCUGCGUCCAAUCUCAUCAUCACGCCAUCGGUGACGAUCACACCGACCAAUGCGCCCACCGCGGCCAUGAAGCAGCGCAAUAGCCAGAAUCUGGGGCAGCUUAGUAGCUCGGUAUCCAUCACACCAACGCCACCCAUACCGGCCCAGAUAAGCUGUACGACUGUCGAACCCGUAUCGCUGAAGCGCGAUCGGGACCAAUCAACCCGCGAAGACCCACAGAGCCAAGCACAACGGCAAGCGUCUGCAAAGUUGGCAUUGCGCAAACAGUUGGAGAAAACGUUGCUCCAGAUCCCACCACCAAAACCGCCACCACCGGAGAUGCACUUUGUGCCGAACCCGAGCAACAUCGAGUUCGUGUAUCUGCUCGGGCUCGAGCACGUGGUGGACUAUCUGACGAAGGACAAAAAACCGAACCCACCGCAGCAACCGUACCGGUGUGCGCAGUGCAAGAUCGACUUUACGCCCGUCUGGAAAUGGGAGAAACAGGGUAAAAGAGGAAAUCCCACUUUUCAGAACAGUCCAGUUGGAAAGGAUCCUAAAGUUAUUUGCGAGCAGUGCGUGACGAGCAACGUGAAGAAGGCACUGAAGGCUGAACACACUAACCGUCUCAAGACGGCGUUCGUGAAGGCAUUGCAACAGGAGCAGGAAAUAGAAGCUCGACUAGCCGCCCAGAGCAGUCCGUCACCGGUCGAAAUCCAUCCAACGCCCUCCUCAACCCCCGGUUUGCGUGAGCAGCGUGAGUUGCGCGAACUGGAACAAGCCCAACAGCAGGCACAACAAGCACAACAGGUCGCACUGCAGCAUCUGCAGCAGCAGCAACAGCAACAGCAGCAAGCGGCAGCAGCCGCAGCAGCAGCAGCAGCCGCUGCCGCCCAACAAGAGCGCCAGGAGCGACAACAGCGUCAAAAGGAGCAACAGGAACAAUUGCGCCAGCAGCAAGCUCAGCUCCAGCAGCUACAGCAACAGCAGCUUCAGCAGCAACAGCAGCAGCAGCUACAGCAACAGCUGCAACAGCAGCAGUUGCAGCAGUUGCAGGAACAGCAGCAGGCGCAGCAGCAACAGCAAAGUCGCCACCAUCAUCUGCAUCAGCUGCAUGCGGCCCAUCUGCAGUCGCAGGCGCCCUCGAAAUCGAAAACUCCCACACCGACGCCCCGACCAACGCCAACACCACCGAACCAACAUCAGACACCGCCACCCGCGUCCAGCUCCCGCUCCAGCCGGCACAGUGCAACGGCAAACGCGACAGCGGAAGCAGCUGCCGCUCAGCUUACCGCACUGGCUGGGCUGGGUAGUUUGGGACAGCUCGGUGCGCUGGGUAACUUUGGCAGCUUGGGCAAUUUGGCCAAUCUGAGCAAUUCCACGGCAGCGGCUGCCGCCGUACAGGCACUACAUCAGCAGCUUUUUAGAGGACUUCAACAAAAUCUUCAAACAAACAACCUUAACAUGAACAGCUUACAGGCGCAAAUGAUGCAAUUUUCGCCCCUGCUGUACUCCUAUCAGCUCGCGAUGGCACAGGCAGCUGCCUCACUAUCGGCAGCCGGUAAAGGUUCAUCGCUUGCCGAGAUGCAACGUGCGCUCGAGUUGCAGCGCCAGUAUCAAGAGAUGCUAUCACAGUCGAAUCCGGGACCGAGUAACAGUAGACAAAACAAUUGGAAAUCUUAA